UCCUGAGAAAAGAAGCGGGAACAAGAAUGUUUCAGAUUCUUCUGCUCCUAGGGUCGCUUUUGCUUCAUGAACAAGCCUCGCUAGCAGCUCCCCCGGUGAAGGGAAAUUGCCCGCAAACAUGUGGUGGCGUCACCAUUCCCUUCCCCUUCGGGAUUGGAACUGGGUGUUUCCUGGAUGAGUGGUACGAGAUUGUCUGCCAGGAAAGCAGCGAUGGUGGCGUCCCAAUACUGAACAAGCCCAACUUGACGGUGCUCAACAUUUCGCUACCCGAUGUCCAUGGCGAAAGGAACGGCAUGGUACGGGUCAGUCUUCCCAUAAUCUACUCGUCGAAAGUGAACUGCGGGGGAAAUAAAAGCUUCACGCCUGUGAGCUUGAAUGGAAGCCAGUUCAUCUUUUCAGAGACGAGGAACGUCUUCGCCGCAGUUGGUUGUGACGUAUGCGCUCUAGUGGAUGGCACAAAGUCUGCGAUCAUAGGAUGCAAGUCCGUUUGCAGAAAAGAUAACAACGUCAGUAGGAAGAAUUGUUCGGGCAAUGACGGAUGCUGCCACACCAUGAUUACCUCGGAUCUUCGAGCUUUCAACGUCACUUUCCGGCCUGACAAGAAUUCAGCAAAGAAGAGAAGUGCCAGUAUGCCUUCUUGGGAGAUAGCUCGUACUUCGCACCUUCAACUACAGACUUCGAUAAGUUGAAGGAGAGCGGGCGGUUCCCAGCGGUGCUAGAAUGGGGG